AUGCAAAAACCCUUCAAACGAACAAAAACGAGACCUAUCGACGGGACUUGGUCCGGAGACGUCGACGUUGGUGUCUGCAUGUCGGAAACAAAACACAAUAGAAAGAGUCGCGUGCGAACGCGACACAGGGAUACGGGCGGCAGGUGGAGAGAGAGAGUCGACACGAGGGUCGACGUAAACAAACCGCAAGCGGGAGCUUCGACCGCACUCACCAUUUCGGGGAUCUUUGAAUCCGUGGAAGUCCGGUGCGGCCACAGCGGACCAGUAGUGAAGAGCGGAGACGUCGUUAGCGAGAACAGCACAGGUACACGAUCACAUAAGAUGGUUCAAAGCACGCACACGGUACAUUGGAAUACGAUACGUCCCGUCCUACACUACGAUCGCGCCCCGCGCCAAUGCAGUUUACGUCACCGCAUCCCGCUCCCGACUGGCAAUCCGCGGCGCGAGCGAGCGACGACCUCGCGCUGCAGCGUGCACCGUCCCGCGUCCCGCGCGGUGCCCCGCUAA